AUGAGGUCAGCAUUGGGACUACCGACCCGAUGGGCAGCCAUUCUGUGUCUGCUAGCAGCUUUGUUCUGCUUGAUUCAACCCUCUGCAUCCGUCAAGGAACACGACUUCAAAAAGUGCGACCAGUCCGGGUUUUGCAAACGCAAUCGUGCCUAUGCCGACAACGCCAACACCCACAGCUCAACCUGGAGCUCUCCCUAUGAAGUUCUACCCGAAACCGCAAAGUUCAAAGAUGGCCAAUGGCAAGCCGUGAUUCUCAAGACCAUCAACAACGGUGAGAAGGCUGCACUACCUAUUACGGUGUCACUUCUGAAGAGCGGUGUCGCCCGCAUCUCCAUCGAUGAGGAAAAGCGACAAAAGAAAGAGAUUGAGCUGCGACAUAAUAGUAAAGCCAGAAAAGAGCGCUAUAAUGAAGCAGAAGACUGGGUAAUCGUCGGCGGACUGGAGCUGGAUAAGCAGGCGCAGGUCGCCUUCCAGGAUAAGUCUCAGGCCAAUAUCAAGUACGGCGGCGACGACAAAUUUGAAGUUGUCAUCAAGUUUUCACCAUUCGAAGUCGAUUUCAAACGUGACGAUGAAUCUCACAUCAAAUUCAAUGACCGUGGACUGUUCAACAUGGAGCACUGGCGACCAAAAAUCGAAAAAGAGAAGACCGAAGGCGAUGACAGCAAGGCUGAAGAGAACGCCAAGACUGACGAUGGUGAGGACGAGAGCACCUGGUGGGAUGAGUCCUUCGGUGGCAACACCGACUCCAAACCCCGUGGUCCGGAGAGUGUGGCUAUGGAUAUCUCCUUUGUUGGAUAUGAACAAGUCUUUGGCAUUCCGGAACACACCGGCUCCAUAUCUCUCAAGCAGACCCGUGGCGGCGAUGGGAACCACCAUGAGCCUUAUCGUCUGUACAACACCGAUGUCUUCGAGUACAUCCUAGAUAGUCCCAUGACCCUAUAUGGCGCGAUUCCUUUCAUGCAGGCGCACCGCAAGGACUCCUCUGUUGGUGUCUUUUGGCUUAAUGCCGCCGAGACUUGGAUCGACAUUGUCAAGGGCAAGGACCACAAGAACCCCCUCAGCUUGGGCAAAGGUGCUAGGACUAGUACACAUACCCAUUGGAUUUCUGAGGCUGGUAUUUUGGAUGUUUUCGUCUUCUUGGGCCCGACCCCGCGCGAUCUUACCAAGAAAUACGGUGAACUCACAGGCUACACAGCCAUGCCCCAGGAAUUCUCCGUUGGUUACCAUCAGUGUAGGUGGAACUAUAUUUCUGAUGACGAUGUCAAGGACGUUGACCGCCGAAUGGACAAGUACAAGAUCCCCUACGAUGUCAUUUGGCUUGACAUUGAGUACACAGAGGAGAAGAAGUACUUCACAUGGGACCCCCACUCCUUUGCUGAUCCAGUUGGCAUGGGACAACAGCUGGAUACCCACGGACGCAAGCUUGUGGUAAUUAUUGACCCUCAUAUCAAGAAGGUAGACAACUACGCCGUUAGCUCAGACAUGCUCUCCAAAGACUUUGCUGUUCACAACAAGGAUGACGAGACUUAUGAGGGCUGGUGCUGGCCUGGCUCAUCUAACUGGGUCGACUGCUUUAACCCCAAGGCAAAUGAGUGGUGGAAGACCUUGUUCAAGUACGACUCGUUCAAAGGAACCUUGGAGAACACUUUUCUCUGGAACGAUAUGAAUGAGCCGUCAGUCUUCAACGGCCCCGAGACUACCAUGCCCAAGGACAACAUUCAUUUUGGCAACUGGGAGCACCGUGAUAUCCACAACUUGAACGGCCUCACAUUCCAUAAUGCUUCCUGGGAAGCCAUGGCCAGCCGCAAGAAGGGGGAGAUGCGCCGCCCCUUCAUUCUCACGCGUUCUUUCUACUCUGGCUCUCAGCGACUCGGCGCCAUGUGGACUGGAGACAACCAAGCCAACUGGGAGCAUCUCGCCGCCUCUAUUCCCAUGGUUCUCAACCAGGGCAUCUCUGGAUUCCCCUUUGCCGGUGCUGAUGUUGGAGGCUUCUUUGGCAACCCCGACAAGGACCUAAUGGCCCGCUGGUACCAAGCCGGCAUCUUUUACCCUUUUAUGCGAGCACACGCUCACAUUGACUCACGCCGUCGCGAACCAUACAUGCUCGGCGAGCCGUACACGGAAAUUCUCACUAAAGCACUCCGCCUUCGCUACGCAUUGCUUCCUUCAUGGUACACAGCAUUCUUCCACGCCAACCGCGACGGAAGCCCCAUUGUUCGCCCCAUGGUCUGGACUCACCCGUCUGAGGAGAGUGGCUUUGCCAUUGAUGACCAGCUUUUCCUUGGAACCACCGGUCUGCUGGCGAAGCCUAUUGUCGAAAAGGACAAGUUCUCAACUGACAUUUGGAUCCCCGAUGACGAAAUCUAUUUUGAUUAUACUACUUACCAGAUUCUCAAAACCCAGAAGAACAAACGUGUAACUGUGGAUGCAGCCAUUGAUUCUGUACCGUUACUCAUGCGAGGUGGUCACAUUUUCCCUCGUCGCGAUAUCCCUCGUCGGUCAAGCGCAGCCAUGCGCUUUGACGACUACACCCUGGUGGUGACCGUCUCCAAGGAUGGUUCCGCCGAGGGAGACUUGUAUGCAGAUGAUGGCGAUACUUUUGAUCACGAAAAGGGACAAUACAUCUACCGCAAAUUUAGCCUCGCUGACGGCACCCUCUCAUCUGUUGAUGCAGAGGGUCGCAGUGCCAAGUCAGUGAAAGCUGGUGGUUGGCUGAAGGCCAUGAGCCAAGUACACGUGGAUCGUAUUAUCAUUGUCGGCGCCCCUGCCAGCUUGAAUGUGAAGGAGGUGCAGAUUGCCUCGGAGGGUAAAACGUGGGCGGUCAAGGUUGACUACCACAGUGCUGAGAAGGGGAGGGCAGCAUUCGCUGUGCUUGGUCGGGUGGGUGCUAAAAUUAGCGAAGACUGGAGCAUUAAGAUUUAA